GUGGGGGAAAAGAAGAAGCAGGAAGGGGAAAGAGAGCCUGAAUGGAGAAAUGACAGAGGUGUGACAACGGUGGUGAGAGACUUGGGGACGCUGACACGUGCAGUGCAGUGCGUGUGGACUGUUGAGGAAGUGCUGGCCCACUUCCGGGUAGAUCCCGAAAGAGGCCUCUCAGAAAACCAAUUCCUGCAAAACCUUGAAAAAUAUGGCCAUAAUGAGCUUCCUGCUGAAGAAGGGAAGGCCCUAUGGCAGUUGAUACUGGAGCAGUUCGACGACCUCCUAGUCAAGAUUCUCCUUCUCGCCGCCAUCAUCUCAUUUGUAUUGGCAUUAUUCGAGGAGCACGAGGACCAGAUCACGGCCUUCGUCGAGCCUUUUGUUAUCCUUCUCAUCCUCAUCGCCAACGCCGUCGUCGGAGUCUGGCAGAAAAUUCGAGCCCGUGACAUCGUUCCUGGUGACAUUGUUGAAAUCUCUGUGGGGGACAAAAUCCCGGCAGACUUGCGGAUCAUGAAGAUAUUUUCAACAACACUACGAAUUGACCAGAGCAUCCUUACUGGUGAAUCCAUUUCUGUCAUCAAGCACACAGAUGCCAUCCCUGACCCAAAGGCAGUGAACCAAGAUAAGAAGAACAUUCUCUUUUCGGGCACCAAUGUGGCUGCUGGGAAGGCCAGGGGCAUCGUCAUGGGAACAGGACUGGAUACUGCAAUUGGGAAGAUCCGGACUGAGAUGGCAGAGGCAGAGGAGGUAAAAACACCCCUCCAACAGAAAUUGGAUGAAUUUGGGGAGCAAUUAAGCAAAGUGAUCUCGGUGAUCUGUGUCGCCGUGUGGGCCAUCAACAUUGGGCACUUUAAUGACCCAAUCCACGGUGGAUCGUGGAUCAAGGGUGCCAUCUACUAUUUCAAGAUUGCUGUGGCUUUGGCUGUGGCUGCCAUCCCGGAGGGGCUCCCUGCAGUGAUCACAACGUGUCUUGCCCUGGGUACUAGGCGGAUGGCUAAGAAGAAUGCCAUUGUGAGAUCCCUGCCCUCAGUGGAGACUCUCGGCUGCACAUCUGUCAUCUGCUCUGACAAAACCGGCACCCUCACCACCAAUCAGAUGUCUGUGAGCCGGAUGUUUGUAUUUGACAAAGUAGAGGGAGGGGAUUGCAACUUCUUGGAGUUUGAGAUCACUGGAUCUACAUAUGAACCCAUUGGAGAUGUGUUCCUGAAAGGUCAGAAGGUCAAGGGAUCAGACUUCGAUACUCUCCACGAGAUGAGCACCAUCUGCCUCAUGUGCAAUGACUCUGCUAUUGAUUUCAAUGAGUUCAAGCAAAUGUUCGAGAAGGUGGGAGAAGCGACCGAGACGGCACUCAUCGUCCUGGGCGAGAAGAUGAACCCGUACCAUUUGAACAAGGUCGGCUUGGAUCGACGGGCAGGAGCCAUCGUCGUCAAACAAGACAUGGAGAGCAAGUGGAGGAAGGAAUUCACACUGGAGUUCUCCCGUGACAGAAAGAGCAUGAGUGUAUACUGUGUGCCCAUUAAGCCCACACGACUCGGCACGGGCCCCAAGAUGUUCUGCAAGGGUGCACCCGAAGGUGUCCUCGAUAGGUGCACCCACGUGCGAGUGGGGACGACGAAGCAUCCGAUGACCCCGACGUUGAAGAGCCGCAUCCUGGAGCUGACGAGGGCGUACGGGACGGGACGGGACACCCUGCGAUGCCUCGCCCUCGCCACCAUCGACAACCCCCUCCGUCCGGACGACAUGGACCUGGCCGACUCCACCAAAUUCUACCAAUACGAGAAACGAAGAGGGAGAGACUCGUUCGUUCCGCCGCGAGUGCGUGCAUUGUCGAUUCCCGCCGUGGAUCCGUCGCGUCGACAGAGUGAAGCAGUCGAUCCGUGGAUAUCUUUGCAGGUGAACAUGACAUUCGUCGGUGUCGUUGGGAUGUUGGAUCCCCCGAGGAAGGAGGUGAAAGAUUCCAUCGUCAAGUGCCGAGAUGCCGGAAUCCGCGUCAUCGUCAUCACGGGUGACAAUAAGGCCACGGCGGAGGCGAUCUGUCGCCGCAUCGGAGUGUUCAAGGAAGACGAGGACACGACGGGACUGAGCUACUCCGGGAGGGAAUUCGACGAGCUGCCGCCGGCCGAGCAGAGAGCCGCCUGUGCCCGCGCCCGACUCUUCUCGCGCGUCGAGCCGGCCCACAAGUCCAAGAUCGUGGAGUUCCUUCAGAGCAUGAACGAGAUCACGGCCAUGGGAAUUCCGAGCCGGAGGGAUCGAUUCGAGUUCGUGCGGGAUGCGAGUCUCGUCGCGUUGCGCCCUUCGAAGCGGCGUCUCCGUCGCGCGGAACGCGGACGGUCUCGACCUCUCCGUCGCGACUCGCGAGGGAUCCACGUCGCCGACGGGUCGCAUUCGCAGACGGGAGACGGAGUGAACGACGCCCCAGCCCUCAAGAAGGCGGAGAUCGGGAUCGCGAUGGGAAGCGGCACGGCCGUGGCCAAGUCGGCCAGCGAGAUGGUCCUGGCCGACGACAACUUCUCCACCAUCGUGGAGGCCGUCGAGGAGGGACGAGCCAUCUACAACAACAUGAAGCAGUUCAUUCGGUACCUCAUCUCCUCCAACAUCGGCGAGGUCGUCAGCAUCUUCUUGACGGCCGCCCUGGGGAUGCCGGAGGCUCUGAUCCCGGUGCAGCUGCUCUGGGUGAACCUGGUGACCGACGGCCUGCCCGCGACGGCCUUGGGCUUCAAUCCUCCCGAUCUGGACAUCAUGGAACGACCUCCCCGCAAGGCCGACGAAGGCCUCAUCUCCGGAUGGCUCUUCUUUCGCUACAUGGCCAUCGGGGGAUACGUCGGAGCCGGGACCGUCGGAGCCGCGGCCUGGUGGUACAUGUUCGCCCCCGAGGGACCUCACAUGACCUACUACCAACUGGUGAGGCCGUCGCAUUUCUGCGGGGACGUGCCGACGUCGAUGCCGAUUUCGACCCACCACCUGCAGUGUCCGACGGACGCGGAGAACUUCAAGGGCAUCGACUGCGACGUCUUCGCCGACCCGCACCCCAUGACCUUGGCGUUGUCCGUCUUGGUCACCAUCGAGAUGCUCAACGCUCUCAACAGUCUGUCGGAGAAUCAGAGUCUGACGGUGUUCCAGAUCUGCCCGCUGGGUGUGUUAGAAUGGUUUGCCGUCCUCAAGAUCUCGAUCCCGGUCGUGAUCCUGGACGAGUGUCUCAAGUUCGUCGCCCGACGAUUCGCCGACGGUGAGACCCUCGCAUGGCUUGCGCACGCACUCCCCACAGCCUUCCCUCUUAACGGCCCGAGAAUGCUUCCUUUCCCUUCGAGUCCUUUCCGAAUCCACCUCGCUUCGUCUUCCUUCCUCGCAGCUUUCGUCGGAAUCGCUUCGUCCUCUUUCCUCUCUUCGCCCGAGCCGGAUCUUCGGAACGACGCGACCCGGAGUCGGAAACGCGGCUCCUUUUUCGCGUAUCCGUGCACG